UUGUCGAUGGAAGAUGCCUGCCAUGCGCCUGCCAUGCUAGUUUAUUAGCAUUGACUGAGCAUUUCUGAGCAUAUGCAAGAUGCACAUGUAUGCUAAAAAAAUUUCCUCAUUGAGGUUUGUAGAUUACACUGAACUAAAAUUUGUAUCAGGGCAAGUGACACUGAACGGCAAAUUUGUCAAGUUUACACUGAGUUGAGGCAUUUUACACUGAAUUGUAAGCAGAGAUGAAGGUUAAGAAAUCCUAAACUAUUUUUAUAAUAGUGUAGUCUGGAUAAGUUUGUCAAAGUUUGCAUGUUUCAGUGAGCUCAAGUGUUUUGUAAACAGUAUGCUACUCACUUGCCAUAUGUUUUGCUGAUUUGAUAGUAAUUUGCGGUAAAUUAGAUGGAUAAAGUGAAGGUGCCGAAAGCUAAUUGGGAUGCAUAUGCGACGAGAGUGUUCUGUGAGAUAUGUAAGGAAGAAACUCUAGCUGGGAAUAGACCGGGAAAUACCUUGAGUGCCAUUGGCUACAAUAACCUUGAGGAAAAAUUCAAAGAAAGGACUAAACGACAACACUAUCCACAUGGCAAGCUGAAGAACAAAUGGGAUGCAUUGAAGGCACAAUACAACUUGUGGUUAGAUUUGAAGAGGGCUGCAACCGGUCUUGGUUUUGACGUUCAAAAGGGAAUAAUUACAGAAAACAUCAAAUAUCGCAAGUUUCGUGAUGGCCCUAUGGAGAACCUAGAUGAGCUUGAAGUUAUGUUUCAACAUAUCAAUGUCACAGGUGCAUCUUCGGUCAUUCCAGGUGCUCCUACAAAUGCAGCUCCCAUUGAGGUUGGUGAUGAUUCUAUGGAGGGUGAAGAUGAUGCUACCAUUGUAGACGAUGAAAAAAAGGGAGGAAAGCGUAAGAUUAAUAAUGACCUUCCACAAAACCCCAAGAAGAAGGAUAGGAAUCCCAUGGUUAGGCAAGUGACACGUCUUAUUGAUGUGAUUUCUACCGGCAAGACGAAGAAUGCUCAAAAGGUUGAGGAUGAUAUCAUAGAGCUCAUUGAACAAGCCGUGAAUGCGGGAGCCUAUGAAGGAAGCGAUGAACACUUUAUGGCCACCAAGCUCUUUAUCAAGCAAGAAUACCAUGCAGUGUUUAAAUCCUUUAAAACUAAUGAAGGAAAGGUGGCUUGGCUCAAGAGGAUGUACGAAGAGAGGAAAAGGGACUAGACUUUUUGAUCAAUCAUGUGAUGUAUCCUAAUAUUAUGCUAUCAUUUUUAUUUCAGCUGAACCAUAUAUGUAAUGUUUCAAAUUAUGGUACUGUAAGAACCUU